UCGACCUCUAGGCCAUAGCAUUGCUCUCGUGUUGAGUUAACGUUAAGAUCGGAUCAAAGAAAACACAUUUUCACUGAUUUUGCAUUGAAUUGAUUGAAUUGAGUACUCAUUUGACGGCUAAUACAUGACAUCCGAAGUGAAGAAAGUGGAGUCGGUCUCGACUACUGACGCGAGGGCUGAGGCGAGCGGUGACUCGAAUGAAGUGAUACCGAAACACCCGCUUCAGAAUCAGUGGCAGUUGUGGUACUUCAGGCCCGGAGCGCGUGGCUCUGCCUGGGAGGACAACCUCCUCGAUGUCACUCACUUCGACACCGUCGAGGACUUCUGGGCUCUGUAUAAUCACAUUGAAUUGGCGUCACAUCUGAACGCUGGAAGCGAUUACUCGGUGUUCAAGUAUGGGAUCCGUCCGAUGUGGGAGGACGAGAAGAAUAAG